GGGAUCUUUCGAACAAUGACAUGAGUUAUAACUGACAACUUGACACUGGCCUUACACUACGACUAAUUUUCGCUGUCUCUGCGCCGUUCCACGCUCGUAUACAACACAUAUCAACUGGAGCUAUCAUACCCACAGCGAACGGUGACACCGCAUAAACGAAGGACCAGGCAAUUUCGAAUAACAAACUGUAAAGGAGAACGGUAGCACAAAUGGACAAUUUUUACGGCCGCUCUCGCGAAAGUAUAGCGGACCUCGACGAGAUCCUUGCAAAUAUAUUUGCUAGUCAUCCACAUGCGGAACAGCGGGAGGAUAAUACGACCGUCAUACCAGUCCAGUUUCUACCAGAUAUUUUCAAGGCACUGAAGGAAAGAGACCUAAUGUCCCUGACUUCCUCCGACGAAGAGUAUUUGCAAGGAGUGAUAACAACAAUCGAAUCCACGCCAAGUGAUACGCCCCAUAUGGUGGACUCGAAUGCCCUUCUUUUGCUUGUGGCCCAGCUUAGCACACUGAACAAGGCCGAGGACUCGACUCCCGCGGGUUCGGACAAUGGACAAUCAAGAGCAAGAGGACGGCCAAGGGCCUUGUCCACAUCUUCUGAUUCUUCUUCUGGUUCUAAUGGUACUAGUAGAUAUCCUUCUCGGCCACCUUCUCGUUCUGGUCCUCCUCCUUCAACGCCUACUCAUCCUCAAACACCGCUUGACAAACGCCAGCGCUCCGCGCCUUUGUCUUCUAAUCCUCCUUCGGCAUACACAAAGCGACCCCCACCGCAUAGACGAAAGAGUGAUGCUUCGCCUGGGAGAGGUUACUCUAGUGGAGGAGCUGGUGGUGACUCCGACGGAACUUCAGGUCCAGGAAAACGAAGCAGGUCUCGCGCAGGCUCGCAAUCUAUCACGACGCCUUCAUCUUCAUCCACAGCAUUCCCUUUAUCACCUUCGGGAACAUUUUCUCCCGGAGAUUCGCCUUCUAGAGACCGUUUCCUUGCCGAGAGUGGGUCUAGUUCACCAGAGGAUAGUACCACUCACUUGCCCAGAACGGAUUAUGAUCUUGUAGAUUCUAUUUCGCGGAUUCCUAUGCCACAUUCAUCAGACUCUGAUGAUUCGGAUGAUGAUCAGGAUGGAAAUACGUACACACACUUUGUUUUCGACCCAGAACAUGGUCCACGGUCUACCACAUCUUCGACAGCUUCACUCCUCCCGGGCGAAAGGCUUGAAGCUCUCUCACGUGCCAAUACUGAGCUUGCUAAACGGCUACAAGACGCAGAACGCACUUUGUCAAGAAAAAUAGGUGAACACGAAUCAGAGUUGGAAGAACUACAAUACAAGUUGGAAGAACUCAGAAGUGAACUAGCCCGAAGCAAAAGGGACGAAAAGGAACUGCGAGCGAAGGAGCGAACCAACUCUGGUCAGAUUAGCAGCCUUGAAUCUGAAGUUGCGCGUCUCACCAAAGAACUUUCUACUACGAGAGAUUCCCUUCACUCGCUACACAAACAAUACAACGAACAAACCUCUAUCUCGGAGAGGUAUAGGGGAGACUUGCGAAUUCGUGAGGACCAUAUUCGUUCGCUGCAAGAUCAGGCAGGCCUUCAUGACAUCGAGAUCGGUAAAAUGACUGAGAGAGAAAGAGAAUGGGAAGAUCGUGUAUUAAAACUGGAGAGAGAGGUUGAAGAGGCGCGCGAAGGAUGUGCAGAGCUUGUGCGCCAAAAGACUGAAAAUUUAGGCUUGAAAGAGACGAUUGACAGAUUGCGAUUCGAGAUGGACGACAUGCGGAGUGGCAUGGGCAACGGACUGGGGACGAUCGGGAUGCCCGGUUCUGGUCUUAAUAGUCGGAACAACACAAUUAGCAAGAGUUUGGGUGCCGAGUUGCAGAGUCAGCUGGAAAGGGAAGAGAGAGAAAGGGCCGAGCGAGGUGAUUUUGGAGACGACGAUGAUACCGAGGGCGAAGAUACGGUUGUCGAGGAAAUUGUCGACGACAAUGAUGACGAAGGGAACUUUGUCACCACGAUAAUUAAACGCACGCGCCGCAAAGUCGCAAGUAAAGCUCAGGCAGAACUUCCAACGCCGAAGAAAGGGUAUUCCGAACGCCGGAUCGAGGAGUUUGAAGAUGAUAAGGAAUAUGCUGAUUGUGCUAUCCAAUAUGACCCUCUUGCGUUCUUUGACCCUGACUCUGAAGAUGGUUUCUGGCGCAGCGAAAGCCUGCAAACUGAGGCUGAGGCUCUUCCUCUACCUCCGGUGGAGCGAGUGAUGACAGAGAUGGAUAUCCAAACUGAUGUUUUGGAGGAGGAGGAAGACAACUUAACAGGUUCUUCAAGCACACCCACGCCCACGGUCCCGUCCGAUGAACCUCCCGCGUACCCAGGUCCUUCUACUUCCCAUGCUGAAAAGGCGGAAGAGCAGAGGGAGAAGGAGGUGCAAGCUGAGUUAGCUGUUUUGCGUAAAUGGCACCGCUCGCUUGAGGGAAGAGACGUGAUGGAUAUCAAGAACAUUAUCAUGCACAACUCAUCGGGGAGUGGCCUUUCUGUUCCUAAGGGCAUCAUGAAAGAUUGGGCACGAGUUCAACGCGUAGCGGGGAUUGAUUGUGACGUUGUGGAACGACUUUUAGCCUCUGCUGUGGCCGAUGAAGCUAUGGUGGAGGAUGAGGAAGAGGAAGGCAAAAAGGAAUCGUUUAAAUCUCGCUUGUCGCUCCGCCGUUUUUCACCGCGCAUUCCGCAUCUUCCUGCCAACCUCAAUAUUUCCUCAUAUAUCCCACCGACGCUUAUAUACAGCUCCUUGUCUGUUCUUAUAGGAGUGAUGCUAGCGCCACAUAUUGCCAACCAAAUGAAUGAGCCGUACGGAGGAGCAACUUAUUAUGAUCGUCGUGCUUGGACCUCUUUUAAUAAUCUGGGUGGUGGUGGGGAGGGCUUUCCUGGCUUCGGUGCUGCAGGUUAUCAAGGGGGUACGGAAGGUGCACUGUGGAAGGUGUUGGAAGCAGUUUUCGGCGGUGGUGCGAGGUAUGCGCGGGGACUGCCUACAUAGGCACAACUCCAUUUUGAAAGGUUUUUACUAUAUACAAGUACACCAUGUGUUGCGCUACAUUCAUUUUAUUUGCUUAUUCUACGUCGUAAUACUGACAUUCCGCUCCUUCAUGAUCGCUGACUCUCCUCUCCCUUUAUACGCACUUUAACUUUGUACAGUAAAUCACUGCAAGAAUUUUGUUACAAAGGAAUGUUGUAUGUACUGUAGUGUGAAAUGCCCUUGAUGGAUCCGGACCAAUCUUAUAGAGGCGGUGAUUAACACGAGGCGACC